ACACUAGUAGAUUGGUGAUGUUUUCAGUUUCCUAAACAAACAUCCCAACUUUUAAUGGUAACAUACGCACAGUACUGUCUGUACAAUGAUUACUCCCGCUAGCGCGAAUGGUAAGUUUUACCAAUCGUUGAUUACUCACUGAUCUAUAAAUCUGUGUCGCAAUACGAAGCAGUAGAAGAAAGCAAGAUGGCGGCAAUUGGUCGACUUUACCGUGUCAUUUUUCAUCCUAAUAAUGCUAGAAACAUUGGACAUUCUUUUCCAAAAUACGUUGAUGGACAACUUUCAUUCUGCGGCAAAUUUGGCAAACGAACCUUAACAACUCAACCUGCAGUAAGAGAAGAUCCUGUCCGUAAGAGAUUGUCGGAAUAUGGCGAAUACAUUGGUAAAGUUUUGCCAAGAUAUGUGCAACAAACGCAAGUUACUAAUAAUAAUGAAUUGGAAAUACUUAUUGCACCAGAAGGAGUCUUGCCAGUCCUCACAUAUCUGCAUGACCACACCAAUGCACAGUUCAAAUCCUUGGCAGACAUUACUGCUAUCGACGUGCCCGGUAGACACAACAGGUUUGAGGUCAUCUACAACCUUCUUUCGUUACGUUUCAAUUCAAGGAUUCGUAUAAAAACAUAUACAGACGAGCUAACAGCAUUAGACUCAGCAUAUCCAGUGCAUAAAGUUGCAGAUUGGUUUGAGCGUGAGAUUUGGGAUAUGUUUGGUAUAUUUUUCUCCAACCAUCCAGAUUUGAGACGAAUUUUGACCGACUAUGGUUUUGAAGGCCAUCCAUGUAGAAAAGACUUUCCCUUAUCAGGAUAUGUUGAGGUACGCUGGGAUGAUGAGCUGAAAAGAGUUGUUUCUGAACCAAUCGAAUUGGCUCAAGAAUUCAGGAAAUUUGAUCUUCAAAGUCCUUGGGAACAAUUCCCCCUACAUCGCAACCCUGAACCAAAACCCUUACUGGAGUCAGAAAAUGUAAAAGAGAAGGAGUAAUGCUCUGUACACAUUGAACACUAUGGAGACGUUUUGAAAAUUUAUACCUGUAUUUAUACUUAAUAUGAAUAAUUUUUUU